CUGGAAGAUACUGUUACUGUGGAAAUAGCUACAACAAACUGGGUGUGUCCAGAGGCUGUACCAUGCGCUGUAGUGGUCAACGCUAUCGAAAAUGUGGUGGUUCCUUAGCUCUCUCUGUUUACACUGCAGGACAAUCUCACUACCGAGUGGGCAGGUGUGGUGGAUACCCAGCGAAAUGCUACCCCGUCAUGACUGACGGACAAGAAAAGGAUCUCUUGUUUCUGCAACUAAAUCCCACUCACCCAUGCAAACAAAAUAUCUGUGCUCCUUUCGGAACAUGCGUUGCAACGACAAGCGACGGAUUCUUUUGCAAAUGUCCCACUGGAUUUUCAGGAUCACGAUGUCAAACGAGAACAGUACAAACUACUACCAAUCAGAAGUGCCCUACCGACUACCAACCGGAAUCUUGCGCAUGUCAAAAGAAUGACUGUUAUGGAGCGAAACUCCAAAGUGGUUUAUGCUAUACAAAUAGGGGAAAGUCAGAGCUGGCCGCUGUCACCUCCUCUGCAUAUGUUGGCUCUCGAGCCACUGCUGCGGAAAUUGGAACAGUUACAAGGCCUCCUUUUCGAAAUUGGACUCUGGGGAGCAGUGUCGGUGUACGCAGACGACGUUACCGUCAUGGUGUCGGACGACUCCAAAGUGGGGAUGAAUAUUUUUGUGCCUGCAAGAACGGAGGUACCUGUGACAUCAAAUCGAAUACCUGUAUUUGUCGUCCGGGUUAUACAGGUGCAUUCUGUGAAGAAUACGACUACUGCAGCUACUGGGAGAAAGCACAUAAGAAAGCUGCAUGCAACAAUGCCGGUAUUUGCCGCUCAGUUGAACUAGUACAGGUUAAGGCUACAGGAGGUGACAACGCCAGAGAUGUGUGCCAACUUCCGUUCACCUUUAAAAAUCAAACGUUUUCUAGAUGUAUCACUAAUAACAAGAUCGGACCGCCAUAUUCUUGUGGUGGCUCUUUUGAUGGCAACGAUACCUACAUAGAUUUAGGCCAGUGGAGUCCAGGACCGAAAUAUACCAUAGCAGCUUGGGUGAAACCAACUUUGAUGGACCAGACAAACCGGUUAAUAGCUGGUGGAAUAUAUAACUGCUUCCAUUUCGGUAUUGCCUAUCAACACGGAAGAUUUCAAGCGUUUUACAGUCCGCCAGGCAAGUCGAACCUUUGUACCAUACCAAUGACCUCUUCUAACACUCAGUACCACCUACAUCAAUGGCAUUCGGUAGCAGUUGUCAACACUGGAACUGAAAUCAGUUUAAUUACUAAUGGUAAAAAGGUUAAUUCUAAGAAGUUUAGGGAGUACCGUAAUAUAAUCGGAAACCCUAAAACUCUCAACUGUACCCAUUGCUGGAGUUUAGCGUCCCCACUCAGCCCAAAGCAAUAUCUGCGUACCAAUGGUUUCUGGGUUAUUUCUCUUCAUCGGCAAGGAAUAACGGCUCGGCUAGAGAUGGCGCCUUGUUCGAAAAUAUAA